UUCUAUGACUGGCACUUUAUUCCUCAUGGGCCUUGCAGAGCUUGGAAACUUUAGGUAUUUAUAUUCCUUCAUAACUCUAGUCGUCUAUGUUACAGUCAUGGUGUUGUGUUUGGCAAUUGUGGUUGUCACCUGGACAGAGGAAGCCCUUCAUGAACCCAUGUACAUUUUCAUCUCCAACCUCAUGUUUACCGACAUGUAUGGAAGCUCGGCCUUGAUGCCCAAGCUGAUGAUUGACUUGAUGACGGGAUGCAUGACAAUCCCACUCUCGCAAUGCUUGGCCCAGGGUUUCUUUCUCCAGAGUUUUCCAUCUGUGGAGAUUUUUAUUUUUGCUGCCAUGGCAUAUGAUCGUUACUUGGCCGUUGGCCACCCAUUGAGAUACCCCAUGUUGAUGACCAACAGGAAAGUUUUUAAAAUUCUAGUGGCGAUAUGGAUUUAUGUGUAUGUAGGUAUAUGUGCAAUUUUGGUCAUUGCUUCACGACAAACUCUGUGCGGUGUACACAUCAACAGCGUGUUUUGUGAAACCAUUUCCCUUACGCACUUGGCUUGUGGUGACACCACUCUCGGAAUAGUCUUUGGGUUUACAUGGAGUAUGAUUAUGAUGGCUGGCUGUGUAAGUGUUGUAAUUUACUGCUAUAUAAGAACAUUUCUUGUCUGUCAUAAAAUAUCUGAAGAUGCGUGCCAGAAGGCCAUCCACACCUUAGUGACACAUAUCAUUGCUUUCUUCACAUUUUUGGCUACAACAAUAUUUUUAACUUAUAGAUACAGGAUCAAAGGUGAAUCCCUGUCUUUGAUUACCCACUAUAUAACAUCUGUCACUGGGGUUGCAUCUUUUACCUUAAACCCGAUAAUCUAUGGAAUCAGGACAGAGGCACUUCGAGUGAAAAUUAUUCACAGGCUGAAGAAGGAUAAAACUUUUUUCGGAAGCAGAAAAUAGACAACCAGAAAACAAAAAAGAAUGCAAAAGAUGAUUACACUGGACAUGUUUAUUAAUAUCCAAAGAUGUGUUAUGAUUCAAGAAAAUACUCUGCAGACCAGAAGUAUCAUUCAAGUGUAUGUACUGUAUCACCACAACUUUUCUUUUAAAGUCGAACUAUAGGCAACAUUAAAAAUAACAAAUAUGAUCCAGUCUGUAACCAGCAUUAACACAGCAGUCUUUGUUUUUUUUUGUUUUUUUCUGAGUUCCUCCCAUAGUAUAGUUUUAUUACAUGUUAAUUCUGCCAGUAAGUCUAUUAUUUCCCAAAUUCAUACAACAGACCAAGCUGCCACGCAAAAGGUGGAAGUUAAAGGUUUGAGACAAACCAUUUAAGACGACAGGGGUGCAUAUAAUUUUCAGCUUUUUGUAUAUUUAUGUAAAAUCUUUAUCCUAAAAUAAAAUAAAAGGUUGCCCUAA